AUGGCCGGGCUCACCUCUCUGAACCACACGACUCCCUGGUCCUUGACGGGUCCUUCCGGCAUCUUUGGCCGUCCUCCCCUGAGCUCCCCGCUGUCGCAGUCCCAUGAGGACCGCGGCGAGGUCCUGGAGCGGGAGAAAGGCUCCGUCGAGUUCUACGAAGUGGGGGGCAGGGGCUGAGAGGAGAAGAAGGGCCCCGUGGAAAACGGAGAUGGGGACAAGGAGAAGACGGGGAUGUGCUUCCUGCGGUGUCCAGCGGCCAUGACCCUCAUGCAACUCGCCAAGUUCAGCAACAGGAUGGAUGUGCCGAGCAAGUACAAGGUGGAGGUGGAGCCACGGAAGGAAUACUACACUCUCAUGGAUAUCGCCUACAUCUACCCGUAGCGGAGGAACGGCCCACUGCCCUUCAACUACCUUGUCCAGCCGGCCUGCAAGUGGCUACCCACGCCCUCCGAGGGCACCAAUACCAGUGAGUCAAUCAGCGACAAGGCUCCCAGCCCUGCCACCCUGCCAGCCACCUCCUCCGCCCUGCCCAGCCCAGCCACUCCCUCCCAUGGCUCUCCCAGUGCCCAUGACCACCCCCCCCCGGCCACCCACUCCACCUCCCCUACUCCCCCAUCGGCUGCCGGUGGGGCCGUCGCAGCUGCCAACGAGGGCACCUAGAACUGCCUGCAGGCCCCAUCCUCCACCAGCAGGGGGCGCAAGAUGACUGUCAACGGAGCUCCUGUGCCCCACCUUAACUUGAGGAAAGAGACCCUCUCCCUCCUUUGGAGCCAUGCCUCUCCAUUCCCUCCACUUUUUCUGGGCCCUUUUUUCCCACUUCUUCUACUUUCCCCAGCUCCUUCCAUCUUAGGAGGUGUGUGCGAGCAAGAAGCUGCAAUUGGGAAUGGAACCUGA